UCCCAUCUGCAGGCGUCUUAUCAUGUUCAAACACCUCCUAGUCUCUGAGUCUUCUGGCUGACACACAGUAGAUUCCCUAAAUGCAGAGAAUCAGCUGGACAUAAAUCGAGGAGGGAUAUUCAGGGAGCAGUCAAGAGGAUUUUCACAAUCCUGAUGACCCCUGGAAAAGCCCGGAGCCAUGGAUUCUCCAGAGUUUUCCAUGCUGUCGUCCUUGAGGGGAGACUUUGGAUCAGAGGACUUCAUCCAACCCCACUACAAGGAGGCCUAUCGUCUGGCCAUUGAUCAGCUGGUGAAGGGCGGCAGAGACAGUUACCAGGAGUUCCUUAAGGGAGAACGACUCGGGAGCUUCCUCUCAGAGGAGGAACUUCUCUUCAUCACUACAAACACUAAGAAGCUCCCACCUCAAAACCACACGGACGAUGUCAGCGGUUCGCCUGACACCCAGUCGUCCUCGGGGACGUACUGGCCCGUUCACUCGGAUGUGCUAGCGCCAGACUUAGACCUGGGGUGGCCGGAGGUCAUGCACGAAAAACUACAGACUAACAUAGAUCUGCUCUUUCAUCCUCCAAGACUCAACAGCCCCACUAUUAAGGAAGUGAUCCGUAAGCACAUACAAGAUGCACGACAGGUCGUCGGCAUUGUGAUGGACGUGUUCACCGACGUGGACAUUUUCAGGGAAAUCGUGGACGCGUCGAUACGAGGAGUCCCUGUAUACGUGCUCCUGGAUGAUUUUCAUUUGAAAAGCUUCGUCACAAUGGCUGAAAAUCAAGAUGUCAAAAUCCAGCAGCUCAGGAACUUGAGAGUGCGGACUGUGAAAGGUCAGGAUUACCUCUGUCGAUCAGGAGCUACAUUUCACGGGGCAAUGAAGCAGAAGUUUCUAUUAGUCGACUGCCACACAGCAAUUUAUGGCUCAUACAGCUUCGCUUGGUCAUUUGAGAAGAUAAAUCUGAGCAUGGUGCAGGUCAUCAAGGGUCAUCUGGUGAAAUCCUACGACGAGGAGUUUCGCACACUCUACGCUCGGUCGACUGUGCCGCCUCAACUAAGCCCCCCGGAGGGAUUGUUCCAACGCAACGGACCGCUUGGACAGCAGAAUCUGCUAAUAUCUCAUUCUGGGCAAAAGCUGGAGCGGAGGAACCAGUUGAGGCACUCACUGGACGCCGUCUAUCGGAAGACCUGCGAGAGGAAAUUUGCCACUAGGGAUCUGGAAGAGACGCUGUUCGAAGACGAAGCUAUAAAGCUUCCGCCAUUACUUGACAAUGGCUUUGUUGUCCAGGACCAGGUGUCGCGUCUUCAAUCAUCAGAGGCAAUUAACUUCCUAAAAAGGCACAGCUACGCAGGGGAAGGACAGGAUGGACAUGCACCACAGAACAUGAGGCCCAGGGCGAGCAACUGGAACAUCAGGGAGACAGAAAAUGGGCCCAGUCACUACCCAGUGGAUAAUUACCUACAGCCGCACAUGUACAGAGGCCAAAACAUGCGCCAGUCUUACAAUGGCAUCGACAAACAGGUUCUGUCCGUGCAGCAGAACAUGCCGACGCUGGAGAACACGUCCAAGUCCUUCAUGCGCACGUGGAGGAUUGAGUCAUACCUCAAAAACGACGACAUGCCGUUUGGAGACUCUUGUGACUAUUUGGACCAGUUUGAACCAAUGGACAAGAAUGGCUCCUUCAUGCAGGGAAGAAUGAGGUCUUCCCUGGUUAUGAGGUCCACCAUCCCAGAACAAAUGGAGCCUUACAGAUACAUGAACCACCACUCAACAGGCGUCGGCUCCUCGGCGGCCCCUUUGCACUACUCUUCAAUGCAGUGGAAUCCACCGGCAUCCGCUGAAAACAGAAUCAAUAACGCCGACUUCAUGCUAACGAGGCCGGGUUUGGAAAACAGUCGCAAUAACACGAGCUUCGGUCCCGGGAGGAACUCUUACCAGGCAGCGUAUGCCAGCCUAGGCAGAGCGAAAGGUGGACAGAUUAUCACAAACCCUGAAAUCCUGGGCGACGGCUGGCAUAAAAGGCACAGCGUGGCAGAUCCGAGAUCAAACACCGACUACGUGCACGAGUCCUCGGGCCCCGUGUACGGAGGUUUGGGGAGGAUAAAUAGAAGCACAGCGGGGAUGAGCGCACAGAAUGGCGAAUAUGGGCCAAAUUUGAAUGGAGACCAGAGGUCCCUCUCCCAUUACGACGUCAAGAGCAUAACGAGCGCAAACAGCCCGAAUGCCCACAAAUGGGCGGAGCCGCCGUCCAGAGCGGUGUCUGCGGCGGCGCUGGACCUGAAAGCCAACGGCACGAGCCCCCAGCACUGCAGCAGGAACAGCAGCAGUAAGAUGAAGUCCCUCCUGAACAUACCAGAGAGGAAGGAAGAUCCGGCUGCCAACGUGGACACGGCGAGUCUCACCUCAGGAGGCAGCACAGACACCUUAACAGCCGGCGACGAGGAGAGAACACCGGAUGGCGGCGGCGGCAAGCAGCCCCAAAGCAAAAGCAGCUCAGAGGAACAAGGGAACCCGGUGCAGGUCCAUGUAAAACCAUCAAAACCUCGACUGAGGACUGAGGAGCCCAAGGCGGCCCCACAGAAGAAACCCAGUAUUUUUGACAGAAGCGCCAGGACCAGCCUUGACCGAGAAAGCUGGAGGAAGGAGCGCGGCGCCGACGGUCGCCUGUACAGCAGGUUCGAGCCUUUCUGCUCCUUCGAAAAGAAGCCGUCGGCCCGCCCGGCCCAGGGCUCGGGCAGCGAGAAGAGCAAGAGCCUCCCCAAAGCGGACUCGGCUGCUGAGAGCAGCCUCGGCCGACCCGCGCGAGGCCACCACGAAAAUAAGCUGGAGAGAUUCUUCCACAGGAUGGGAAAUCUGAUUCACAAGAACAAGUAGUGAAGGCAGUGUCGGCGUAACCUUGGGUCAUUUAAUACUGAUGCACACGAGACUCAUGAUGUGUCCAUUUAUAGGUCCUGGUCUUUACUUUAGAACGUCUUUUUGUUUACAUUUAGACCUCUGCUUCCUGUAUUGUGAUAUGCACUGAACGGGGACUAUUACUGUGCAACAUGCCCAGCGCCGGGCGCCACCAUCGCUCUCGGGUUGCGUCACCACUCCAAGUGCGCCUGCAGAGUGCCUUUAAGUGCAGCCCAGAGCGCAUACAGCAGGACUCUCAUUAGCCUUUAGGGAAACGACCCUCCAGCACACCGAGGCGACGGCGUUGCGAAAGCCAUCAGUAUGUAAGCAAGCCGGCCACCACUUAGCGUGACGAAAGACGGGCCAUUAUGGCCCCGCAUUCCUGACCUUCCAUGCAAAUAACACAGGCUUUAGGAACCACAGGGGUUGUGUGUGAGACGUGCUUCUGUCGCGCAUUUGCUUUUAAGGGAAACGUUUCAUUAAUACAGCCUUCGUCGUCCAGUUCCAGCGCUUCGUUGGGUUCUAUAAUAAGCCAGCUUUAGAAACGUACAGUACAAGAAAGGUCCUCAGCUUCCAGUCAGGGACGAGUCAAGCGCUUUAUAAUAAUGGGGACUUAAUUCUGUCCUCAAGGCGACAGGCUUGUGGGUAAAACAAAAGACCACGUGCCGCCUAAGUAUUUAAAUUGCUGUGUUCAUCCCAGAGGCCCCUUUGUUUUGAUCUGCAAGUGGGAAUGUACACAACCAUGUAAAAGGUCACAGAACGGAGACUGAAGCUCAGCUCAACAACAACAACAACAACAACAACAACAAGCAGUGACGAUAAGUGGACCGCGGUGAAGGGACUGUUUGAGACGUAGAACUUCUGAAAAACACGUGCAAUCUAUGAACUACUUCUAAAAACUUUGAAGUUUUCUUUUAAAAAGUUACGUGUUACAUGUUGAACUCUUUAAAGCUGUGGUGUGCAGGUGCUGUGUUUAAAUGGCUGUGGAAGUUACAGAUAUGAACGUUUAUUUAUGAUUUAUGAUCUUUACCUUAUGUACUGUAAUCAGUGUGAGUUCUAAGUGUGGUUAAAGUCGCCCAGCAUCCGUCAAACCAACAAGACAUAAUAAAUGUCAGGCCUGUGUUUUCAGGCGACAGAGCAGACGUGUCAGUGUCCACCCACUACUUUUUUAGAGAUUUGCUGCUUGUUAAGUUCGGAUUUUACAUAAAAAUGCAAAUGUUUCUGGA